CUGGACCUGUCUCUGGCAUCUCUUUCACAAUACUUUAAGCACAUUGGCUAAGACACUGAGAUUUGUUUGGCAUGCUUCAAACCCCAAAUGCAACAGCACUUCGGUUUCUGUGUGGGGGGGGAGAGAAUCUUACAUCCUUCAACUCUUCUUAUUUUAUUUUAUCUUUUGGCGCAGUAGGUACUGAUGGGGAAUGUGAGGGCAAGGUCCUUCUCCAUCUAAGAAAGAUGUUGUUCAAGCAGCUGCAUGGGUUGUGACAAGGAUCAGCUGUUAAUCUUUCACUCAGAGACUCCUUUUUGCUUUGCUUCUUCUUCUUCUCGACAGCACAAGAGAUCAGUUGUGAUCUCCUGAUCAGCACAAGAAACUCUUACAGGUCAGAAUUAAGGGAACUACAAUCGUAGUUAAAGGAAGUACUUAAUUUAUCGGGUAGGAUAUGCGAUCCAGAUUCCGAGAUUAUUAGGUCUUAUUGUACGCACAUAUUCUUCGCGCCGGUAGAAGCAAUCAAACGUUGCAGAAGCUAACUUGAGAUUCAAUGGAUCAGAAGCUUCUUAACCCAUAUGACAGGGAAUGCAUGAGAUUGGCCAUGAUAAAACAUGAAGAAACAUUCAAGGAGCAGGUAAGUGAACUUCAUCGUCUAUAUCGGAUCCAGAAGAUGUUAAUGAGAGACAUUAGGAGCAACAGGCCUAAAAUUGCAAGGAGCCAAGAGCGCCUAUGGAAUUUGAAGAAUGAACUUGGUUUUAUUCAGAAUAGUAAUUAUCAUCAGCGUGAUGCAGAACCCGACAAACCACAAAGGAAACUUGAUCUGGAACAGCCUGCCGAGCACUAUAUUGCAGAACCAGAUGAUGGUGAGGGAGUGCUAGAGCUUAUAGAGGAGAGUGAGAUUGAGCUGACUCUCGGCCCAUCAAAUUACAACAGAUGGAAGAAACCCGAGACUCCAUUAACCUCAGAUUCCGGACCAAGCUUUUCUUCUUCUUCGACUGGAUCCAGUCAGAUAAAUAGAACAAGUUCUUGGAUCCAUCAGAUAACAAGAGACCAGUUAACUGGCUAUGAACUGGGGCUUGUCAAGGUGCCCGACAUGACAUCUGGGUACCAUAGCAGAAGCAAAAACAACAUUGAUGUCGAAGAACAACAACUAAGACAGGAGAGGCUAAACCAGGCUCCUUGGCUUUUCCAAGUCUUGAGUUUGAACAUGACUUGAAAAUAUCUACCAAGUUCAUGAGGUGAUCGAGUUUAAAGCUUAAACUCCUUAGCGAGCGACUAAUUCUAUGACUAAUGUUUGUGUGGAAUUUUCUGCUUAGUUUUUGGCAUAAUGCAUGGGUGCUGAUCAUGGAGUCUUUGUGUAAAGCGAUUUUUCCUGACUUGAAAACCCAUCACCAUUUGCAAGGUGACCCAUUUUCAGUUUUUCAACCAGUACUCAUAUCCAUGCAACAUCAUCAAUACUGCCAAAGACACUAAAAAUGUCGUUGAUUGAUGAGUUGAUGAUAUUGCUAUUUCCUUGCAGACCUAAAACAAAAUUAGGUUGGGUUGUGUUAAACUAAUAUCUUAGCAAUUGCUCUUUCGGCCGCACCUAGGAAGACAUGAGUAGGGCCAAUUCAUCUACCUGAAUGCAAGGAUGUUUUGUGAUCUGUAAUUGCUGUAUUCUGGACAUCAUAAUAUUCUACGUACAGGGACCACAAUUAUUAUAUAUAUAAUGAUAUUCAAUCCCUUUGCGUGAGCAUUAA